AUGAAUUCUGAUCCGCCUCUCAGUCGGCUUGAAAUCAUUGCGGAAGACAUAAUAAGUGACCUCAUCUGGCAAAGUACAACCAGAAACACGCUAGUCUUUUGGUUUCCAGAUCUAGCCUGGUCUGGAGUCACUGUUAAAUGGUUCAAUUUUGACCUUUUGCUACGAGACCAGCGCACACACAAUGCCUCCUUUGGGUCUGACCAGGAAAGGCUGGAUUGCAUGUUUCCAUCUCUAGUCUACGACUUAGGUGAUCAUCGCCCCAUUCCUACCCCAGGUAGGCCACAAGACCUGUCUGAUGUCCCUGAUGAUGUUCCGGAGGAUUACGUCGACAAGGUCUUUCGCGAGCACUAUUCGAGAAUCUCGUCUCACAACGCCAAUCCAACUUCAAAUCCAAAGCGAGCCACUUCGAGUUCUACGAGGAUGUGCCGCCCUUCUAAACAUCCGACUCCCAGGCAAUGGGGUUUGAGCCAGGUCGGCAAUGACACAGCAAAGCGCCUCACUGAAAACGCUUUCCAUCAUCAUGACCUAGACUUGGGCCAGAAGAGACUCAACAAACUCGGAUCUCUCUGGUCAGUAGUGGAAUACAGUGAUCUUUUGGAUAAGGCCUGCGAGGCUAUGGACGAAAUGAAUCAAAGAAUCACCCGAGUCCUCAGUGCGGAUUAUCACGUCGACAUACCCUGGGGACAACAGAUUCAGGCUGUCAACCGUCUACGAUACGUCGCGCCAUUUUUGAGCGACAUCGCUGCUGUUCGUCUCCGCGAGAUGAGCCGUCGGGCGUCACGCGUUGCACUACUUGUACGAGAAAUCGACCGAAGACAACACAAACUCGCGGAAGAUAUCCUUGGGGGUUUUGUUACUGCUGACUUCCUCCUGCACUUCCCUCCAAUCGAGGGUUUAUUAGUCGAUAUGGAGCUGAUGGCCGAAUGGUUUAAGACCGAAGUGGCAAGCAUCAGAAACUUGUGGAAAUCACGAAGUGGGAGGUUUGAUGCCGCAGAGCGGCGCAAUGAAGAACAGGGGAAUCAUGGAAUUAUAUGGACAAGAUGGGGCCGCUAUGACAAAAGAUUUGACCCGUGGGGUAGAGAGGCGAUCUGCUGGGAUCUCAAGAGGGAAAGAUUGGUGAACAGUACUAUCGAGAAGAGAUGUGGGAUAAAGUAG